CUUUAUAUAUAUGAGUCACAUUUUCCUUUCUUCCUUUUUUUUAUAUGUAAUCAGAAAAACCAUCAUCUUCAUCACCGUCACAGCUUAAAGAAGAGAGCGGUGCAACGGCGACGUUUCAUCGGCCGGCAACCCAAGUUUCGAUUUCCGGGUUUUGGAAAAGGGGAUUGUGAGUUGAUUGGCGUGUUGUGGAAUUCUGCUGCAAUUAGGGUUUGAAUUGAAAGAGGGAAACCCUAAGUGUUGAAAAUAGGGCGUUUGUUGAAGGAUAAUGUGUAUACUGUGUGUGAUUCAGAAGUGGUCAAGAAAGGUUGCUACCAUGCUGCCAUGGUUAGUGAUUCCGUUGAUUGCGCUGUGGCUGUUGUCGCAGUUCUUGCCGCCUGCGUUUCGUUUUGAAAUCACCUCACCGCGCCUUGCUUGUGUUCUAGUGCUGUUGGCUACCCUAUUUUGGUAUGAGAUUUUGAUGCCACAGCUUUCGUCUUGGCGGGCUCGUCGGAAUGCUAGGCUUAAAGAGAAGCAGAGACUUGAAGCCAUUGAAAUGCAGAAGAUUAGAAAAACUGCAACUAGGCGGUGCAGGAAUUGUAAGACUCCUUAUCGGGAUCAAAACCCUUCUGGGGGUAAGUUCAUGUGCUCUUACUGUGGGCAUUCGUCGAAACGACCUCUGUUUGAUCCGUCUAUAUCUCCUGGUCUAGAGCAGUCAGGGUUAAAGGAUUUGGUUGGGAAAGUUUGGUCUGAUAAUAAUUGGAUAUGUGGUCAAGAUUGGCUUGAGAAUGGUGGUUAUUGGGUAAACGGGUCGUUUACUGGCAAGUCUAGUUAUGGGAAGAAGAACAGUGGUGGCUUUUUUAAUAGUGGAAAUGAUCACUUCUUUUCCUUUCUUCUUGUUUUUGUUUGCAAGAGUUUAGCUGCUGUUUUCCUGGGUAUUAUGUGGCUUUUUAGAAAACUUUUUAGAGUUAGCUUUUCUGAAGAUGAAGAUUCAGGUGAUACAGACAUCAAUGGUUUAGCUAAAAAAGGUGAGAAUGGAGUGAAUUGUAAUGAAACUAGAAGUGAGAAAGCCCGCAGGAAAGCUGAAGAAAAAAGACAAGCUAGAUUAGAAAGAGAGCAAUUAGAGGAAGAGGAAAGGAAACAAAGGGAGGAGGUUGCUCGUUUGGUAGAAGAACGUAGAAAAAUAAGAGAUGAAAUCGAUAAGAAAACCAAGGCUUUGACUCGUGACAAAAAUGAAGCUGAGAGAAAACGACAAGAUAGAAAAAAAGAGAGAGACAGGGGAUCUAGUAAAAGUAACUCUGACGUAGAAGAACUUGAAAAAAGAGCAAGUAAAGAAAUCGAAAGGAAACUAAAAGGUGAUGCUGAUUCUCGUGAACAACAUAAAUCCAAAGUUGUGACGACAAAUAGUUAUAACAAAGGAAGUGUUGGUGCACGAUACUUGGAUCGUAUGAGGGGUAAUAUUUUCCCAUCUUCUCGAACAAUCGCCGGUGGUUUUUUUGGGAAAGGUGUAAAUGCAAAAGCAAAUACUAGCAACGCAAGAGAACAUAAAUCUAGUGCUUAUUUGGAUCAUGCCAAUAAGAGAGAUUUUGCUCAUCCUGAACGUGCACCUGGGAAAUUAAAUGCUCGUGCUGAUGAUCAAAGCCAGAUUCGUCCAGUGAUUUUUGAGUCCCAACCUUGUCCACCACCCAAAAGAUCAUGGCAGCAGUUAUUCGGUGGUUCAUCACCUGCUGUUUCAUCCACAAGCACGAAUGUCAUAAGCAGACCAAUUCCAAAUGAAAAUCCUCAAACAGAAUCUCAGAGUUCAAUUGUGACUCAAGGAUUUGAUAACCCUAUUUCAUAUGGGUUACCAUUUCCUCCAUUACAUGUGGACUCCACUACUAACACAGAUUCUCAGUUUUCAUCUGAACGUGUACACAGAGAGACGGAGAUAUAUGAAGACCCAUGUUUUGUUGCUGACCCUGUAGCAGACUCAUUUGACAAAAUCCCAAUAGAUCUUGGUUUUUUAGCUGAUGUUGGGACAUGUGAUGAAAAGCGUUUUGUUUCUCCAAGGACUCCGGAAAAUACUAAACUGCCCGUGAAUGACAAGGGAUGGCAGAUGUGGGACAGUUCUUUAUGUCCAGAUGCUCUUGGCUUAGUUGCUGGGAAUCAAAAUUGGUAUUCACCUAAAAAAACUACUACUAGCGAUGAUCCAUGGGCAUUGAGAACUCCUUACGGGUCUAUUCCAAGUUGUUUACCGGAGAAUGAAUUGGGUUAUGGAUCUGCAUUUAAUCAUCCGUUUCAGCCAACUAAUGACAGUGUUUGGGCCAAAAAAGAGAAGGGUGGUGCACCAGUUUUUGUUGAAGGGACAGGAAGCAGCACAUCAGGCUUAUUAGGUCCUGGUGAUGGGCUUUACUCCCCUCCACUCCAGAUGUACAGUACCUUUGGUCAUAUGAAUGACAAAGAAAAACAAGGAUAAUAUUUAGAAAACAAAAGAAUAUUAUAGACUUCAAUAUAACUUCUCUUCUGAAGAGAAAUGCAGGGGAAAAUUUCGAAUAUAUCUACUACAAAUCUCAAUUCU